AUGUCGCCAACGCCGACGGUUGUCCUCGACAAAGAUUUACGAAUAGUCAUGCUGUCGAAUUCCUGGCAAAAGCAGGCUCAUAUCUCCCUGGACAAAGUUCGUGGCAAACCCUUUCUGGAGACGAUCGGCGACUUGCUCUUACCAACAGAUGCCGUCACCACCACCCAACUGAUCCAGGGUGCAAUCGCGAGCCGCGAGGAGCAGCGCUCUGAACCCUUACCAGGGCUCAAGGCUUCCAGCUAUUGGCGGGUCCGAGUGGCGCCGAUUUUUGACGAGGACGAACUCCUCUACGUAGUUGUAGAGGGUCUCGACGCUACGGAAGAGGUCGACAGGACAAAACAACACCUCGCUCAACUGUCAUCGGCAGAGACAUAUCGCCUCUUGGUUAGCACCCUUCACGAUUAUGCCAUCUUCAUGCUUGACGCCGAGGGCUGUAUAGCCACCUGGAACACCGGCGCCAUGUUGCUCAAACAGUACACCCAGGAGGAAAUCUUGGGGAAACACUUCUCGGCCUUUUAUAGCGAAGAGGACCGAAAGGCACGGAAACCGGAAAAGGAGUUGCAAGUGGCUUUGCGAGAGGGCAAAGUGGAAGACGAAGGCUGGCGUGUCAAGAAGGACGGGUCCAGGUUUUGGGCAAAUGUCAUCAUCUCUCCAGUCUACCGCGACGGAGUUUUGACUGGCUUUAGCAAAAUCACCAGAGAUUUGACGGAACGAAAGGCGGCAGAAGCGCGACUGAUAGCUGCAUACGAAGAUGCAUCCAAGAUGAAGUCCGACUUCCUGGCCAAUAUGAGCCACGAAAUCCGAACCCCGAUGCAUGGGAUGUUGUCCGCCUUGUCGUUAUUGAUCGACACGGGCCUCACAAACGAACAGAAAGAGCUUGCCAACAUCAUCGAUGAAUCGGGGGCCAUUCUGUUGCAGGUCAUCAAUGACAUUCUCGACUACUCCAAGCUCAGUUCCGGUACCUUUUCACUCAACAAGGAGGUCAUGAAUAUUGUGGAGAUUGUUAAUGCAGUCCGACGCUGUUUCAACAUCGGAUCAACCGAGAAUUUGAGAUUCGAAAUCGACCUAGAUCCUCGCCUCCCGAAUUUUGUCCAGGGGGAUCCUCUCCGCUAUCGUCAGAUCUUACAAAACCUGGUGGCAAACGCGAUCAAAUUCACCGACAGGGGCUAUGUACGGGUCAAGGUUGCUCUUACCGACGAGGACGAAGCCUCGUAUGCCAUCAAAACCGAAGUGAUCGACUCGGGUAUCGGUGUCACUCCUGAGGCAGAGAAUGUCUUGUUUACCCCGUUCACCCAGCUAGACACCUCUUCGACCAAAAGGUACAAGGGCACGGGACUCGGUCUUUCCAUUUGCAAGAGUUUGGCUGAACUCAUGGGCGGUGUGGUAGGUUAUAUGCGGAAUCCAGAGCACCAGGGAAGCAUCUUCUAUUUCACUUCCAAAGUCAACAAAUUAGAAGUCUCACCAGCUAAACCACUUCCGAAGGGCACGCUGGAAGUGGAUCUCAAGAAGUUGGCGGAGACCAAGCACAUCCUUCUCGUCGAAGACAACGGCAUAAACCAAACAAUCAUGGUUCGUCUUUUGCGAAGCUUUGGCCUCGAGAAGGUGGAUGUCGCCUCCGAUGGUGCGGAAGGGGUCAAGUUGGUGACCCAAAAGCCUCUAGCCUACAGCCUGAUCCUGAUGGACAUCUCUAUGCCGGUAAUGGAUGGCGUGACCGCCACAAGGAGAAUUCGAGAAGCGGGUCACGUGGUUCCUAUCGUUGCCAUGACUGCUAAUGCGUUGAAGGGAGACGAAGAAGCAUACCUCGCGGCAGGCAUGAAUGAUUAUGUCGCCAAGCCUGUGGACAGAAGACUUCUGAUGGAGGCGCUAGUGAGAUGGCUGAGUUGA